AUGCUUAGCAAGAGAGCAAGCGUCAUCCUAGCAGGCUUGCUUGCUACCGGAUUCUGGUGGCUCGCUCGAAGAUACUUCCGGCUGCAUGGUAUUCCCGGUCCAUUGGCGGCGCGAUUCACCAAUGUACCCCGUGUGCGAUGGGUUAGAAGUCGCAAAUCUCAUGAAAUCCACAGAAACCUCCAUAGUCGGUAUGGGAGUGUAGUUCGCUUUGGACCGAAUAUGGUCUCGGUCGCGGACCCCGAUGCUAUCUCGGCGAUCUAUCCCGCUCGCGCGGGAUUUCUAAAGGGCAGCUUCUAUGAUGUUUUCAAAGGUCCUGAUGAGCCUCCGGAUGUCUUUACCGCCCGAGAUGAGGCUAUACACAAGGCCUUGAGGGCUCCUGUGUCCCCUUUAUACUCGUUCUCUAAACUACAAAGUCUCGAAGGCGUCAUUGAUGAUAAUAUAGGGCGACUGUUUUGCCAACUAGAUCAUGCAGAGUCUGGUGCUCCCAGCUCCCUUUUGACCUGGCUACAAGCAUUUGCAUUCGAUACGGUGUGGGCAUGGAUGUUCACUAAGCCAUAUGGCCUCCUUGAAAUGGGGGCCGAUGAUGCAAAGAAAAUCUUGGAAUCUAAUUGGAAGAUUUUCCAGGUCAUAGCUCCUAUGAGCCAAAGCUCGACUUUGCGGAGCCUGGGUGGAAUUAUCCAUGUCAUUCUCACGACCUUGAAAGUUGAUUCUCUUCCACAAAUCCAUAAACAAACAACAGCACUCAUCAAAUCCCGUGAACAACAAUUCGAGGAACCAACGGAGAAGCCAGGAUCCAAUUACAACGACAUGACGGCACAAUUGCUGUUGAUGAAAUCAAACAAUCCCACAAUGCUUCCCUGGACAGUCUCUUCCCUGUCACUACUAAACGUCUUUGCCGGAUCAGACUCCACCGCAACUGUAAUGAGUACAAUCUGGUACAACCUGCUUGUUCACCGAGAUAGCAUGCACCGUCUCUACAGUGAGCUCCUUGAGGCUGAGGAACAAGGUUUGCUCACACAGCCUGCUCCUGCAUGGAAAGAGUUGCAGAACCUCAACUAUCUGGACGCUUGCAUGAAUGAGGCUUUGCGACUACACCCUCCAUUCUGUCUACCUUUCGAACGAGUUGUUCCCGAAACGGGUCUGAAAAUAGACGAUCUCUAUCUUCCCCCUGGGACGCUUGUCGGAAUGAGCCCGUAUGUUGCUGGGCGCCACAAGCCGACGUUCGGUGAGGAUGUUGAUCAUUGGCGCCCGGAGAGAUGGCUGGACUGUACCCCCCAGCACCGAAGAAAGAUGGAGUCAUGCAUGAUCACAUUUGGCUCCGGGCGAAGAGUCUGUCUGGGCAAGAACGUUGCUAUCAUGGAAAUUAAGAAACUUAUCUCGGCAUUUCUACUGCGAUACGACAUCAAAAUUCUGGAUCCUGCAGCUUUCAAAGUUGAGAACUUGUGGUUCUUCAAACAAGAGGGUCUGGAUGUAACGAUAAAGAAACGAGAUUCAUGA